GACUACACUUCUGAUUGGGUGAUAGAGGAGCCCUCGCAUACAGGGACAGAAUUUUCGCUCAACGUUUGCAGAUGUGUUUACUAUAAAUACAUGAAAACUGAACCACUAUCGUAAAUUGCAACACCAUUCAAAGUUGUUUUGAAUAGGAUCAAAAUGGGAACCUUGCAAGAACCCAGUGCUUUGACAGCCAGACUGCAGAACACUCUCAUGUCUUACCAUAGCCUGGAUGAGAAUGAGUGGAGUGUAGCCAAGAAAUUGAAAGAUGUCACGGUAUGGAGAAAGUCAUCAGAGGAGUUUCGUGGCUAUCUGUAUAAAGCCCAGGGUAUGGUCGACGAUAACCCCAAUAGAAUAGUGGAUUACAUACGCCCUGGGCCUUAUCGAUUAGACUGGGAUAGUUUGAUGACAGCAAUGGACAUAAUAGAAACCCUUGAUCAGGGCUGUUGUGUGAUGAGGUACACUACUGCAGGCCAGCUGUGGAACAUCAUAGCUCCCAGAGAGUUUAUUGAUUUCUCCUACACCACAGACUACCAGGAUGGACUAUUGUCCUGCGGUAUCAGUGUGGAGCAUGAGGAGCAGCACCAGAGUUAUGUCCGGGGCUUCAACCACCCAUGUGGCUGGUUCUGUGUGCCCACCCCAGAUAGCACCACCACCCCAGCCCAGAGCCUCCUGACAGGGUACAUUCAGACAGACCUCCGGGGUAUGAUCCCCCAGUCUGUCGUGGACACAGCCAUGGCCAGCACCCUCAUCAACUUCUACAGUGACCUGCGCAGGGCUCUGAAGAAGGCCUAACCAGUACUAGCCCGGUUGCCAGAUUGGUUUAUGCUUUAGCCAACUCUGUCGUAUUUGUUGUUAUACUGAAUGUAUGGGAUGGCAAGGGAAGUAAGAGGGGUUGGCUAAAACACGUUCAAAUCUGGCGACUAGGCUAAACCAGUACAUCCUAACAGCACUCCUUUUUCAAUACACCAGUCGAUUGAUCAGUCAGUCUAUACUCCACCCUCAUAGAGGGCUAUAGAGAUCCAACUCCAAUUCACACCAACUCAGGGCAGGAUCCAGUUUAGGUUGAAACAGGGUAGGAGUUAAAGGACAUGGUCUGACCUGGUCUGCUGCUCACUGGACUUUGGAGUUGUGACGUGUUAUUUGUCUGCCCUUUAAAUCAUUAUAUAAUACUGAAAAUUGCUACGAGAUUAAGGUAGUACACAAAUACUGAAGCACUUGAUCAAAGUCGAUGUUUGCCUUUUUUGUUGAUAUUUUUUGCUGAUUUCGGACAAACAUCGAACAUACCCAACAAAUUAAAUCGUUGGGGGUAGAUAGAUAAAAAAAAAUAUAUAGGUAGACAGACAGCCAAUACAAUCAAUCCAAUGUUGCUUUUAGUUGAAGUUACAUGUGAAAGUGUUUGCAGGAUUACACAUUGGAAUUUGACUGGUGUGUCACGCCCUGAUCUGUUUCACCUGUCCUUGUGCUUGUCUCCACCCCCCUCCAGGUGUCACCCAUCUUCGCUAUUAUCCCUGUGUAUUUAUACCUGUGUUCUCUGUCUGUUUGUUGCCAGUUGGUCUUGUUAGUUCAAGUUUAUCAGCGGUUUUCCUGGCAGCGCCUAUCGUUUCCCAGCCUCUCUUUCCUCGUCAUCCUGGUUUUUGACCGUUGCCUGUCUUGACCCUUUACCCGCCUGUCUGACCUCUCUGCCUGAGCCUGCCUGCCGUCCUGUACCUUUGCUCCACCUCUGGAUUACUGAACUCUGCCUGACCCUGAGCCUGCCUGCCGUCCUGUACCUUUGCUCCACCUCUGGAUUACUGAACUCUGCCUGAGCCUGCCUGCCCGUACCUUUGCUCCACCUCUGGAUUACUGAUCUCUGCCUGUCCCUGACCCCGAGUCCGCCUGCCGUCCUGUACCUUUGCUCCACCUCUGGAUUACUGAACUCUGCCUGUCCCUGACCCCGAGUCCGCCUGCCGUCCUGUACCUUUGCUCCACCUCUGGAUUACUGAACUCUGCCUGACCCUGAGCCUGCCUGCCGUCCUGUACCUUUGCUCCACCUCUGGAUUACUGAACUCUGCCUGACCCUGAGCCUGCCUGCCUGCCCGUACCUUUGCUCCACCUCUGGAUUACUGAUCUCUGCCUGUCCCUGACCCCGAGUCCGCCUGCCGUCCUGUACCUUUGCUCCACCUCUGGAUUACUGAACUCUGCCUGUCCCUGACCCCGAGUCCGCCUGCCGUCCUGUACCUUUGCUCCACCUCUGGAUUACUGAACUCUGCCUGUCCCUGACCCUGAGUCUGCCUGCCGUCCUGUACCUUUGCUCCACCUCUGGAUUACUGAACUCUGCCUGUCCCUGACCCUGAGUCCGCCUGCCGUCCUGUACCUUUGCUCCACCUCUGGAUUACUGAACUCUGCCUGUCCCUGACCCUGAGUCCGCCUGUCCCUGACCCUGGGUCUUACCUUGAUCCCUGAUAUGGUGCUAAUAUAACUUGUUGAUGUCCAUCAAAUGUCUUCAACAAUAGCUACCGAUAACAGUAUCCAGCCAGACGUGCAUCUAUCUGUUUACGUUUUUAUAAUAAUGAUUAACUGUAACUCUUUGGACUAUAAUAAUAGAUAUCAGACACUGAUUUGACAUUCAUCCCAAAUAUUCCUCGGUGAGGAAAUAACAAAUGUCACUGCCAGACAAAAUCCUUGAUAAAAAGAACUACAACAAUAUGAGUAUCAAAGCAUGGUACUGUACACUAAAAGCCUCAUGUAAAAGAGUUUGCAAAACCCUUUUGAAUUAUUUUCACAUCUGAUGGAUAACCAGCUCAAUAUCAAGUACAGCAUAUUAUGUACACUGUAGAUUGAUGCAUUCUUUCCAAUUUCAUGUGUGUUUUUAUUUGUAUGCCUUCUUGCCUUUCUUAAAUGAUUGUUCUGUAAUGUAACAGAAGGAAGAAAUUGGAUGCCACACGUACCUUUUUUGAUCCUUCACACUUCUCCCUAUUGUUCCUUGCCUUAGGACUAAAUGAACAUGAGAAGACAACUUAACAAUUCUAUUCUGAACCAAAAUAUAAAAGCAACAUACAACAAUUUCUAAGAUUUUACUGAGUUACAGUUCAUAUAAGGAAAUUAGUCAAUUGAAAUAAAUUCAUUAGGCCCUAAUCUA